AUGCGGCCGAUUCCAGAACAGUCCCUUUCCGACUGUCACCAGCUCGUGUUGGAGAUAUUUCAGGGCGUGCUACCAGAGGGGGAGACUGUGGUGGGCAAGAGCUUCAUUCGCCAAGUCUUGGCGGAAGUAGGCGUCCCAGAGGAUGAGGCAGACACGAUGCUGGCACUGGUAAACACUGGAUAUGACAAAGUUUGCUAUCAAGAGUUCUUCCAGUUCAUGUUUCAGGAGCAGGACGCCAUUGUUCCUCCACCCAGAAAGCGAUUGUCCAAGCAGGUCGAAGAGCCCUUCCUCUGCAGCUACUUCCGGCGUGUCUUUGAGACCCUUGGUGGCGCGAAUGAUGGGGGACUUACCAAGGCUCAACUGAAGGAGGCCUUGGAAGCCUUCGAGAUGAGCCUUCCCGGCUCAGCGAACACUCACAUCGAGGACGUGGUCGCUCACAUCUUUGAGGAAAUCGACCAAAAUGGGGACAGCGAAAUUUGCUGGAACGAUUUCCAAAAGUGGCUGCUUAGCUGGAACGUCCCGCACGACGACAGCGAAGAUGCGGCACGAUCGCUGUUCACUUUUCUUGACAGAGAUGGAAGCGGUCAUAUUAGCGCCCAAGAGAUGAUGGAUGCAUUGAUGCUUAUGAGCGAGUUUGAAUCCAAAACGGACAGAUCACUGAGUGUGACGCAUUCCGAGGCUGGCCAGAUCAUCCGCGACCUGGAUCCUGACGGAGAGGGCGGAAUUGAUUAUCACACUUUCCUGGAAGUGCUGCAUGCUGCACGAAAUCACACGCCAGGGUCUAUGAAUCAACAGCCGCACUUGGUUUUAAAUUUCGAUGUCAACAACACGGUAGUGAUGCUGGAUUCAGCGACUGGCGCAGAUUCCGAAGGGCUGAUAUCCAUGGUCCUCUCGAACUCCGCAUGGGGCACAAUUGACUACGACGACAACGGGUGGCCAAGUCGCUGGACGCUGAAAGCACCGGAGCUGUCUCCGACGCAACCUGAGGCUAACCUUCACACCUACUCCGAGUUUGUCGUUUUGCAGAAUCCGUUUCCAGACCCGGCUGGCUUCGCGAGCAAGGCUGAUCUUCGAGCUGCGAACGAGACAGUAAAAGCUAGUCGCAGGCAAGCCCUGUGGUCCUUCGCGCAUUCCGGCAUGCCCGGAGAGGCCUUCCGGAAAGACCUGGCCAGCAUGCAGGAGAAGCUCCUUCUGCCUGAAGCUGUUCGGGGCACACAGGCGGCGAAAGAUGCAGGUUUGGGUGGGGACUCGGUGCAGCUUCUUCCUUCAUUCCUGCAUUUGCUUCGAGAGCUCAAGCGAAGGGGCAGAAGCUUUACCCUGAUAUUUCGCACCUUCGGCAAAGAUCUGCCUCAACUGCGCAAGGAGCUGGAAGCACUCUGUCAGGGAUGGCAUCCCUUGUUUCAGAAGGAAGACUUAGUCAUCCUGGAUGGAUCGGAUGGACAGCCGGACUACCGCAUGAAGUUCGACAAGCUUAAUGGCUGCGGAACAUUCUUCCGAAAUCCCCUGGAUGGUGAUUUCAUCGCGUUGGCCAUGGGAACGGUGGAACAGCCGAGCAAACUUGAGGAGGGCCCUCAGUUCUGGAAGGACAAAGAGCACAUACAGAUCUUCGAAGGGGUGCACCAAGUCUUCAAGCACUACAUGCAGAUCUCAUCACAGUGUCACACAGUGGCCCUCCGUGACUACUACCCCGGGUGGGCAGCGGCGAAUUCAACGUCAGCAGGCGGGAAGCCUUUCUUCUUGGGUAGACUCGAUCCGGCGGAGCACUGCAUGUUUUUCGAUGACCACAUCUCCCCGCUCGAUCCAAAGAUUGUGGACCCGAUCGAUGCGCAUCUGUGGCCACGACGAUACAGCAGCGGUCAGGUCUAUGGUGUGCACCUGGUGCAAGCUCAACCCCUGCUUUCCAUCCGUGACAGGAACUACUUCGUCAAAUGUGUUGAAGAUUGUGAAGCGGCUAGGGCUGCGAAGCUGCAGCGAUGGCACAAGCUGAAGCGCUUGGUGGGAGAUUUGGAUGGAGUUCGGAAGGUGCUUGCCGGCUUCAUCUACACAUCAGUUCCGAGUCAAAGAGUGGUCUUCAGACCUUGGAGCUCCAGCCGCGAUGUACAUCGUGCUCAAAGGGUACCUACUUUCGAGGACGAGUGA